AUGCCCGAAGGUACAGGACCAGUCCCUGGCAUCUUUGUGAACUUGGUCGUAGAGCCGAAACCAGAGGUGACUUUUCAGUCCCCGCAGUCCAUGCUCAACUACUAUCCCUGUAUUGAGCAGUUCCGGUACCUGCCUUUUAUUCACUCUUCUCCAGAUAAGACAACCCUCCCCCCCCCCCCGCCCCCCCCCCCCCCCCCCCGCCGUCUCCCAAAGCUCGCAGUCGUCCCGCGCUUCAGAUCCCGCCCGCCUCCCACGCUUUCCCAGCCGAUUUCAUCCGGAGCCCCGCCGCCGCCCCCUGCCCUUUCCCGCGCGGCUCGGUCUGACCCCCGUCCUGUUCCAGAGGGCCGAACCGGCGUACCGCUCGGCCGCAGACGGUGCGGGGGUCGCGGGCCGGCGGCGGCCGGAGGAGAGGCCGAGGUCCCGGCUGCACCCCGACCCCAGCCCACGAGUGUUCCCUCCCUCCCGCUCCGGCUCUCCGGGAACCCCGCCGCCUCUUCAGGGCGCGCGGGCACCCUUCAGUCUCCCAGACGCCCCCUCUUUCCCCGCCCGUCUCCGACCGCACCCCUCCCCUCCCCCGGCUUCUUCGUCCCUCCGAGAACCGGUAGGUUGGAUUUCUCCGCCCGGCCCUCCCGGGCGGCACCCCGAGCGGUGCGCCCCCGGAUCCGGGCCCGGGGCCCCGCGCAUCCCUGGGCCCGGCCCACCAUUCCGGAGCCUGCCCGCCGCCAGACACAGCAUCCUUUCUCCCCGAAGCGGCGGGGGCGGGAGCCGGGGGUCCCCCCGCGCACACUCGGGGCCUGGCCGGGGCCGCCCUGGGAACGGAAGUCCCCCUCGGAGGGCGAGGGGCGUCCGGAGGACCUCUUCUGCCUCCCUCCCGCCCCUCUCUUCUGUUUUGUUUUUUUGUGGGUUUUUUCUUUUUUUUUUCUUUUUUGUUUUUUUUUUGGCUGCGGGUUUUCCUCUGGUGUGACUCCCUUCUCUGAACCGACCAGCAGGUGUGGGCCUCUUUUCAUCUAUUUUUGGAGCCACGAGGCCGCUCUCUCGAGCCGGCGGGAGGGGGGCGGGGUGCAGGAGGCCGCGUCGGGGGGCCGAGGAAGGCGGCUCGCGCCCGCGCUGGGAGCGCGCGUCAGGAGUGAAGCCGAGAGCGCGCGCGCGCCUGCCGUGAGCCGGGCCCGCGGCUCGCCCUCCGUCAUGUGGACCCAACUUGGGAGAUUUGGGGUGAGGUGUGUCCGGUGGCGGGUAUCGAACUCAGCAGGGAAAAAUGUGCUGAGAUGGAAAAGAAAUCAAGUGGACUUCCAUGGUGGCAUUUUUAAAAGUAUCUUCUUAGAAAGACAAUGUCAUGCCACAGUGCAGAGUAUAUCUCAUUGAUGAGACAAGAAAGUCAGCCCUCCUUCUGAAAUUCACCCUCAUCCCUACUGGACACUGAAAACCCACUUUCUUCUACAGUAAGCAUCUCAAGCCACUGGGUCCUUUGAAUGGCCUCAGCAUUUCAUUUUAUCAUUUUUGUGUGUAGCCCCUGAAGAGUGCGACCCAAAAUAUCAGACGUGCUUCUAAUGCAGGCUGUGGGCCCACUGAGGCCACGGGAUCCUUCUCUUUCUCUGAAAGCCAGAAAUAGAGCACAGCCCAAGGAAGGGGAAAUGGGUAGAAUACUUUGAUGAUCUAUGUUUGUGAGCAUACGUUAAUGAAGAUAUUUUACAAGUCAAAAUUGGGACCCUUUCCCCCCAUUUAAAUUUCAAAAAGGAUGUGUUUUAAUAUAUUUCAAGUAAAUGGUUAAGACUUUUCAUGGCUCAGCUGUCAAUUCAAGCCCUGCUGAGGCCAUUUAUAUGAUUACAUGGAUUAAAUACUGGCUGUUUACCUACUUUCUUACCAUUUUGAGUGCGAUAACUUCUAAACAUUUUUCGAAAUUUAGACCACCAGUGGCUUUUGAGCAUCUCUUUACAGUUAACCACCUAGUUUCCCUAUUUUUACUCUGUAACAAACUUCUGCACCUUUCCUGGAUUCUAAAAGAUUGUCAAGGUCACGUCCUUCAUUGAACUCCUAUUUCUAGAAACUAGAUUUCCAAACUCCUUUUCCUAUUUCCUGCUAUUAAAAAAGUGCUACGUUUUUUUCCCCAAAGGUAAUUUGUAAUGAAUAAAGAAAGACCACUACUUCCCCCUUUUUGUGGUUAACGUGCAAAUUUGGAAGAUGAAAAAGAUGAGGGUACACAGUUCAACAGUCCAUAAGAGCACACUAUGUAAAUCCCUUUGUCUUCUGAAUUUCGAAACCCCCUUUUUUUUUUCUCACUGUCAUUUUC